CAGUAUGCCACGUCAUUUAACCUAUUCCAAAUGUAAUAUGCCACUAUUCGGAGCUCUCGUCGAUUAUAUGGAGACGUGUCUCGAAUAUCUUCGCGUAAAGAGCUUCGCAAAUGCUGAAAUGCUCAAUUUCCAACUCAACAGGCCUGCGUUGACCGAUACAUUUAUUUCCACCGUCUGUUUUGUACUUGGUUUGAUGAGUAACGUGAAGUUGGAAGUUUUGACCUUCGAGGACGAAUCGCUGCCGAAUGAUUUGCACUUUAUGCUUAUGAGCAAAGAUGAUAAGCUUUAUAUCGAUGAUAUUGAUGUUUCAAAGGUCGUUUGGUGUAUCGAAGCUUCAGACACGCUCGUCAUUUUAAUCAGCACCUUGCUUAUAUGGAACUCGUCCUAUAUGGGUUCUCCAGUGCGCGAGUAUAUGUACCUGCCGUGGCUGGGCGCGACGCUCCGUGGGCUGAUGCUGCGACAGGCGCCCACUGCUGGGGCGCUCGCCUACACCAUGGCUGUUGUCAACGGGAGCGUCAGUCCGCUGUUUGCGACGGCCUUUACUUUCCUCUUUUUGCUGGAAGCUCGUGUGUGGCUGGAGAUAGCGCGUUUGGUGCGAGCGCGCUGGGGCCGACGAGACCACUGCGAAGUAUCUCGUCCCUGCCACUACGAGGUGCAGACACUGUGGAGCAACGAUGACGUGCAGAGCGUUGAAGUUGGCAACUACGUCUACUAGACUUCCUUUCAAAGGUCACAGCACACAUAUCAACGCGGAAAGGAAUUGUCACCGAGCAGUGGCGCAGGUAACCAAGGGCCUUGGUGCAAAUAAACAAAUGGACCUCAUUACCAUCCUAACUGGUUAGGUUAGGUUAGGUCCAGAUCAAGUCCAGUUUGAUCGCGAUUUUCUGGUAAAGAUUAGAGGGCGUCUUGAGCUUGUGGGCAUUAGCUACGCCAUUGUCACCGUGUCACCCUCGUCCUCUAAUUGAGCUUAUCCCUACUCGAGAAGAUAUGGUAGUAGAUUCCACCAAAGAAUACUGAAUAGCUCAAGUAGGUAAUCUAGUUGACACUGUAAUCAACUCUUUAAGAGUUGAUAUUUUGUGCUAUGAAUCCCACACCUGCCCCUACUCCCUUGUAUCCUGUAUGGUAUAGUGGAGAUUCGAUUAAACGGAAACGAAACUGUGGCAUUCAGAUAAGAUCCCUUUGCGAGUUCAUAUUGUGCUAUGAUCCUAAACCUGUCCCGCUAAAGUACGUGGAGAUCCGAUUAACCAGAUUAGUGAAGACAUUCGGACAAUCGAAAAAUCGUGACAAUGAAAGUAACUAUUUUACGUUUUGAAAUAUUGCUUGUGACCAUUUUUUAGGCGAAUUGUCAUAAAUGGUAAUUUGUUCUUGGGGUUGAUCUGGAUGAUCAUAAUGAUGCAAAACCUACUGAUUACUGAUAACCGAGGUCUGGAAAAUCUAUAUCGCACUAGAUUAGUUAUUCCGUUGCAUCUAAAUGAAGUUUUCAGAACUUCAUUUGGAUGGAUCCAUAAUUAAAUCGACGGAAUAGAUAACCCGAUUAAAUUAGCACCACUUAAUAUUGCAACAUGGCAACACCGAUCGAUCAGAUUUCGAUUUUAUCCAGGUUUUAAGUGGCGUUCUGAAUUUUUCCAAGUAGGUAUAUUUCUUUUACCGCAAACACAAAAGUUAAUAUUCAAAUCAAUCAAGUAUCUCUUCUCGUUCACCAUCUAUUCUGUGAAUUUUGUGUUUUUUAUUGUCAUUUGUGUUGUUUUGUUAUUUUUGUAUGUUAAACUUUUUUAUUUAAUUUAA